AUGUCAGAAGCAAGCAAACCAAAGGUAGCAUUCUUAGGCCCAGAAGCAAGCUAUACGCACCAGGCAACCCUCGACACGUUUUCACCAAACACAUAUACCCUCGCACCACAAACUACUAUUGAGGAUGUUUUCGCCGCGGUGCAAGACGGCAGCGUAUACCGUGGCGUCGUGCCAUUCGAAAAUAGCACGAAUGGCUCAGUAGUCUUUACACUCGAUCUCUUUGCCGAUCUGCACAGCAAGUACAACGACAUACUCGUCUGUGGAGAAGCCUACGUGGGCGUAAGCCACUGUCUGCUCGGUCUCGACUCGUCAAGUCCAGACGAUCUCUCGAAGAUCACGGAAUUGUAUUCUCACCCUCAAGCCUGGGGCCAAUGCAAGACCUUUCUGCAAAAGUACCUGAAGCACGCUGAGCGCUUCGACGUAUCCUCGACUUCGCGGGCUGCGCAGAUGGUUGCAGAAUCGAAAGAUCCUAAUGCAGCGGCCAUCAGCAGCAAAGUAGCCGGUACACUCUUCAAUCUCUCUCUCCUAUCAGAAGGCAUCAACGACGUCAGCGGAAACCAGACGCGAUUCUUGGUCUUGGGCCGGAAUGACAGCUCAGAAGCAACAUCAUCCUCGCACUCGAACACCAAGGCAUCCGAAAACGAAGACUACAAAACCCUGCUCCUCUUCACCCUCCCCUACACGCCUUCAGACCCCAACCCUGGCGCGCUAGCACAGUGUCUUUCCGUCUUUGGCCGGCACAAGCUCAACCUGACGAGCAUCAACACGCGCCCAAGUGGUGUGGCCAACUGGGAGUACAUUUUCUUCAUCGAAUUCAAAGGGCGGAAGGAUCAGGGCGAUGACGGGCCGGUGAACGCAGCGUUCAGAGAGUUGAAGGGCGUUUGUGAGUGGUAUCGAUGGCUGGGCAGCUGGGAAAAUAGACUACCAGCGUCGAGCGCGCAAAAGCUGUAG